CAACAGAUAAAAACCAUGAUUUUAAGGCUUCUAUCAUCGUCCAACGGUGUGUUGAGUAAAUCUAUUGCAAGUUUGGUGAAUGUACGGCCCUGGUGCGCACCUGCCGGCGUUCCGGCGUUUCGAUCCAUCCUGUGCCGGUCAAAGUCGACGAUCCAAAUGCCGGUAAACCGUGUCUACGAUGUGAAUACCAAAGUACCGAAAGAUGUGAUGCUGUUUAAAUACGAGAAUCCACGUUUCUUUCGUGUGUUGAACAUUUUCGCCGUGUCCCAGUUUCUCUUCUGGGGUUACCUUUGCCAUUUUUCCUACACUACGCUCAAGGAUGCUCCGGUGCAGGACGAUGGAAGCGAGGAUCUGCCCUGGUACAAGCGUGUAAAUCUUGGCGAGAAUAAGUAUCGCAAUGGCAUAGCGAUCAUGUGCUUUUUCAUAGGAUAUGGCGUGUUGUUCGCUGCCUGGAUGUUCACACUACGUUCCGUGCGUUUUUUGAUACUGAGGAAAGGAGGCGAUAACGUUAGCGUCGUUACGUACGCACCGUUUGGUACGAACCGCAUCAUGGAUGUUCCGCUGAAGUACAUUUCGGCACAAGAGUCCCGAGAGACGGCCCGUGUUACGGUACCGGUGAAAAUUAAGAACCGGGCACUGUUUUACAUGCUCGAUAUGCGAGGCGAGUUUACGAACACGAAGCUUUACGAUUACACCGUCGGUUUAAGCCGUAAGCUAAAGUAGUG